AUGGAUUUGCCCCCGAGCUUUGAUACUGACCUAUCAAAAGCAGUAAAAGUAAUAUUGCAGUAUGAUUCAUCAGCAGAUGCAGGAGGAGGAGGAGGAAGAAAAUGGUUGACCUUUGAGGGUGACCACUGUGAAAUCGAUGAAUACUUGCAGGCUAUUGAUGAAAUAGUUAAAUCCAUGGAAUCAGCCCAGAUCUCAUCAGAAGAUAGGACCAAACUGGAGAGCACAGUUCAUAUUGCCAAGAACCAGUUGAAGAACGAGUUUCAAACCAUAUUAAACACCAGUUGUUUAACUACUUACACAGAAAUUUCUCCUGCUUAUUCAAGCACCUUCAGCACUGGAGGCUACUCCUUUGCAGAAUCCAUAGUGGGGUGUGUCCACGAUCUCAGGUCCAUUGCAGAGAGGAUGAGCUCCAUGGGAUAUCCCCAUGACUGCAAAUCCCUUUACAGAACUGCCCGAAAGUCCCACCUCGAUGCCAAUUUCAGACGAUUUGGCAUCGAGAAACUAAGCAUAUCUGACAUUCGGAGGAUGCAUUGGGAAGAGCUUGAAGAGAAGAUUGUGCUAUGGAUUCGAGCAGCUCAAUUCUGCAUAGAAAAUUUAUUCUGCAGAGAAAAGAUAAUGUGCCAAGAAGUAUUCGAAGACCUGCAAACCGCCAAGGACGAUGCAUUCUUCAUGGAAAUUGUGAAAGAUCAUGUCACUAUGUUCUUCGCCUUUGCACAGGCAGUCAGCUCGAUCCGCCCUUCUGCAGAACGGCUGUUCAAGAUUCUCGACUUGCACGAGAGACUGCUGUCUCUCCUGCCCGACAUCGAGUACAUAUUCGGUGCAAAAUCAUCAGAGAGGGUUCAGAUUCAAGCCAGAACAACACUUUCCCAGCUUGCCCAGGCUGCCAGGGACAUCCUGCAAAAUUUUGAGCAUUCUGUUCUGGCACACUCAUGGUCUGUCACGGGAGUCGAAGAGGGAGUUCAUCCCUUAACUACAUACGUGAUGGAAUACUUAACCAGAAUGAUGCAUGGAUAUGGCCAACCUCUGACAACCUUAAUAACAUCAAAACCCCAGAUAAUGAUCGAACGAAUGGGGGACACUGUUCUCGACAGAAGAUUCAUUGACAGGGAGAAUCAGUCGCCGCUAGCCUCACACCUGGUUUGGAUAAUUGCCAGCCUGCAUUGCAACCUGAAGAUCAAAUCCAAACAGCACAAAGAUGGGUAUGAGCACUUGUUCAUGAUGAACAACGUUAGAUACAUUGUGUUACAAGUACAAGAAUGUGCAGUAAUGAAAGAUUCGAUAGGGGAAGAGUACCUGCAUGAUUUGGAAGAAAACCUCAGAAUUGCCAGAGAAUCAUACAUGCUUAGCACCUGGAACAAGAUGCAGGCAUGCAGCAAGAUUUGUCCAAUGGGCUGUCGAUUAAGAAAAGGGGGUUUGGUCUCAAACUCAUCAGAUUUUGUGGUGGUGGGCAAUUUGGUUCGAGUAGAAAACACAUUCUUAAAGACAUGA